UUAUGUUUUUUCCUUGAUAGUCAUGCACCAAGCUUAAUAUAAAUUUUUGCAUGGGGCUGAGGGGAAAUGUACCCAGAAGAUCAUCCGAAUCAGGGCAAGCUUUCAGGUUAUAAGAUUACUACGAUUUGCUAACAGGUCGGCCGGGAUGCAGAGUCGUCGGAAAACGCAUGACAUGAGGAAAUUAUCUCUGCUGUUAAUGUCCAAAAGAUGUACAUUAUCCCAAAGAAACCAUUUGACAAGAAGAGCCAGGGAAAAUUUAGGCAGGAGAAUGAAAAUGCUGAAAGUGGAGAUGAAGGAGAUUAGUAAGGAACAAGAAAGCAUAAGAAAGAAGCAAAGGGAAGUCAAAGAAAAAUUUGAUAUGAUUGAGGUUGAAUGUGAGCAACUCCGAAGAGAGACUGAAUUCAUAACACAACAAAGCCUCAACACCCAGCUUCGACUUUGUCUUAUGUUUCAAAUCCUAAAAGCACGAGAGACGAAUGAUUUCACCAAAGCUGCUGGCCUUACUCAGAUUCUCCGUGAAGUCAUAGCAAAACAGAGCAAGGAAAAGUAAUGGCUUUAGCUACGGUGCUUCAGUUCAGGCAAGCUGCUUUCUACGUGGCGACCGACAUACAAUCAACUCCUUGGCGUCGCUUGCAAUUGGUUUCCUGUUUGAAAAAUAAAAAAUCAAUGGCGACUUCUCCUGUUCUAUUAAACCAUUUGCGAAGUAAAAAAAAAA